AUGGCCUGUGGAUUCGCAGGCAAUUCCGAUAUCUUCGGCAUAGGCAUUCGCAUCGGCUACUACACGCAAGUCCUCGCAGUCUGGUUCUCGAAUUAUUUCUACUUCCAGGAAGCGAAGGUGCUACGCGCCGUCAACAAUCUGUUCUUGCUCGCCUUGAUCAUCGUUGGCUUCGUCUACUUCGUCAACGCUCAAAGUACCUACGUUGUCCAUGCUUUCUUGUUGCUACAGAUUGGUAUCGUGAUUGGACUGGUCGGUAUUACCGAGACGGCGCGAUACGCUACGAAAUACAGAGAGACCUCUCGGGAACGGCUGCUCCUGAGGAUGACGAUUAUGAUAUUUGGAGCAUCGUUCAAUGUAUUCUUUUGGUGGAAGGGGUUGGACGUCAUGCUUCCUACACCAUGUGGCACAUAUGCAUUCUAUUUCUGGAGAGUUGGAUUUUAUGGAUGGUUGAGGACUGCGAUGAAAGUCCAAUCACUCUUCGCUGCGACCUGGACGGCUCCGAGCUACGCUUCGCGGGAUGCUGCGACCCUCGUGCAUGACUUUCGCAUGAGAUCUACUCGAGCUUCGUUCAUCGAGGCUGUUACUGCGGUCAAGAACGUAUCGGAGCCCCGCGGUGUCCCCGACGGAGAGCCCUACAGAGAACGGCACAGUGGUACCUCAGAGCUGCAGCUUUCUGCCUCGAGACAGUCCCAGAGCGCAGAGCUCACGACUGUGGCAAAAGCUUCUGACGUUGCCCAAAGCAGUACCAGUUGUCACUCAACAUUCCUAGAGAACAAACGCGAAGACACUGUUGCAUUGAAAAACGCUUCUGACAAGGACCGCUCUAUUUUGGAAGGAGUGGACAAAGCACAGAAGUACCUCGAUCUGCUCAUGUCAAUCUACCCAGAAAACACCGCCUUACCGGACCACAGGCGAAUCACCCACCGUGCUUGCCUCCGAUUCAAUAUUGGCCAUCCAAAACCCCAAUGUUCAGACCCAACCCCCUAUCCGCAGUGCGCCUCCGGCGCUCUCCGAUCCCUCUGGACCAACAAGCCACCGAGCAGCCUCCGGCAAGGAGUGAGCCUGCACCUGAUGGCCUUGGGAGCCAUCGCGCCGUGGAAAUGGCCGCGCGUCCUGAACCGCAUGUACGAGCUCGACCGGGACGCCGAGACGCCCGACUGGCGCCACGUGACCGUCGCUUCCGACCUGCAUCUGUCGCGGAUCCUCGUGCCCAACUCGACGGCCAAGUGGGCGUUCGCGGCCGCUCAGCAGUUCGUGUUCGUUGCUCUCUUGAUCGCGCAGAUAGAGUUGACGCUUGUGUGGAAUAGCGUUGGUGGGUUGCAGUCGUUGUCGAGUUUGGGGCAGCUGAUUCCUUUUAUACUGGGGGUUGGGGGCUUGAUCAAGGUGCUUUGGGGGAAAGCGUGUUUGGUGUGGAGGGAGAGCGUUGGGAUUGCUGAGGGAAGAGAGGGCCGGGUGGGAGAGUAUGAGAUGGCGAUGGCGAGGUAUUUCGAGCUUAAGAGUGAGAGGCUGGAUGGGGCUUUUCUUCGAGCUGCGACUGCUUGA